ACCCAAGGAUCGUAUAGCAAGUAUUGUUAAUCAGAUUCCAGAUGAACUUCCAAAAUAUUAUGAGGUCUAUACAUUGAAAUGAAAAUUUGUUAUUUCCAAAAUUUUUACUGGUAUGCAUUCAAAGAGAUAGCAAAAUUUCAAACCUUUCUACCAUCUACUAAUUGCUUUAAAAGUGGGCAAUUUAAGGAAAAAAUGUGGUUCAAAUACAUUUAACUAUGACUUAGUUUCACAAAGGCAGAAUUCUUUACAGAAUGUUUAUUGUGAGCGUUUGUUCAAUAAUCCCUUCUUUCACUUUUACUUGUCUAAUAUUUCAAAAAUGGAGUUUCACUUUUACUUGUCACUUUUAAAUAUCAAAGAAAAGACAAUUAUUUUUUUUGUUAUUUUAACCUCAACAUGAAUUACAUACUUUCCUAAUCAUUUUCCUGGACUUAAGACUAUACAUCAAUAAUAUGGGUACUGUGGUAAAAAGAAAAAAAAACUCGUAUUAGUCAUUGUUUCUUAAGGGUAGUGAAAAGUCAAAACUGGAUAAGUAAACAUGAAUGGAGGGAGUGAUAUCAAAUUCGCAGGGAAGAACUUUUAGAGAACUUUGCCUUAGGGCCUUGUGCCAUUAAACUUAUGCCUCGCAAAUUUUUGGCCUUGCUAUGGUUUCUUGGGGGGGUGGGGGGGAGGGUCGCUUUCAAGGGCAUUUUCAGGUACAUUAAUAUUAUUUCAAGUGCUAAAGGGCAAAAAUUUGAAUAUCACCCAAAAUAAUACAUUUGUGCAGAUAACUUCUUUGAUAAGGCUUAUGUUGAAUUGAGCUAAAAUCAGAUAAUAUGAAAUUAUAUUUUGUUUAACCCCUAAAAUUUUGGGUGAAUGGGACCGGUCAUCAAUUUUUGAGUCAUAUUUGACACCCUUACAUUUAUCAAUACAAAAAUAAUUAACUACUUGAAUAUUCUUCUUACCUUGAUGAGAACAGUAAUAUGAAGCAUCAUUUUAAAAACCAUCAGUAAGAAAUGUUCAACCAAUUGGAAAACUUAUAAGAAAUUUUACACUAUAUUUUGAGUUUUCUUUCCAAGUCAAGCACUAGCUAUAUUUACUAACUGGUCUGCCACUUAAAUUUUUUUUUCCUAGUCAAACACUAACUAUAUGUGAUCCUUACAUUUAAUGACAUAGGUGGAUUCCGGGUUAAAAUUUUAUGAGUUUAAUCUUUAAAUGUUUUAGUAUUAACCCUAUUGUAUUUAAAAAAUUAUGAGUUUAGAUUUACUCUUUGGUGUAAUUUUAAUAAAAUUUUAUACAUAAAUUUAUCUUUACAUUAAAAAUACUAAAUUCAAAUGAACUUGAUAUCAGAAUUUUAAUAAAAAUGUGCACGAUUGACUUUUGCGAAAGUUGUGAUUAUUAACUAAUUAACUCACCCCAUCCCUUGCUCCACACAUCUAAAAUUAGGGGGCUUGAUUCAACAAUUUUAGCUCAAACUCUAUAUGAUUUAAAAAUUCUUUAACGGUGUAGAAUAAUUAAUUUCGAUCUCAGUUACUAUCAAUAUCCUAGAAUUUCAAACAAAAAAUUUAUAUCUUGAUGCAUUUUUAAAUCAAAUGAUAACGGCCAAUACAAAUUAAUUUUUCCCUCUUUUUCGUAAUAAAAGUUCAUAAAAACAUCUUUGCAACUAAUGGAGGUUUCAGAAAGUAAUUUGUAAACAAUUGUGGAAAAAAAUGUUAUGUGGUUAAACAAAGUCACAUUUUUACUUUUUUCCAUAACAAAGUUUUGAAUGAAAAAUAUUCUAAAAUGGAGAUCCCGUUGUUAUUUAAAGUCUCAAAAUAACAAGUUAUUGGCCACAAUAAAUUCCUUCUGAUUUAUGCAAGUAUGGAGAAAACACUCAGCUCUUUUCUCUUAAUAACAUUCUUGUUCCUUCACUAUGUUAGGGCUAGUUUAGCCAUGACCAAAACCAACAUUUCCACUGAUCAAUUGUCUCUCUUUUCUUUGAAAUCUCAAAUUAUUUCAGAUCCCUUUCAUUUAUUGGAUUAAAGUUGGCCUCCCGCUAGGUCCGUUUGCCAUUGGGUAGGAGUCACUUGUGGCUCUCGCCACGAGAGAGUGAAAUUCUUGAAUCUUUCCAAUAUGACUCUUACUGGCAAGAUUCCCUGUGAUCUUGGAAACCUCUCAUUUCUUGUUUCUCUCGACUUGGAAAGCAACAAUUUCCAUGGAAAUUUGCCUCUAGAAAUGACACGCUUGCGUCGGCUUAAGUUUCUUGAUUUAAGUUUCAACUACUUCGGAGGGGAGAUUCCUUCUUUGUUUGGGUUUUUACACCGACUUCAACUUCGUAAUAUUAGAAACAAUAGUUUCACUGGUUCCAUCCCUUCAUCAUUUUCUAAUAUGUCCACACUUGAGAUUUUGAAUCUAAAAUUCAAUUCUAUAGAGGAUCAAAUACCAAAAGUAAUUGGGAGUCUUACAAGCCUAAGAGAAUUAAGGUUGUGAGGUAACAAUCUUCGCGGCCAUAUGCCUACAAGCUUAUCGAAUUGUUCACAACUUCAAAUUUCGUCUUUAUUGGAAAAUGAGAUCAAUGGACCUAUACAUAGUGAAAUUGGAAGAUUGAGCAACUUGCAGUAAUUGAUUGUCGGAGAUAACCAUUUCACUGGUAUGCUUUAUCUUAUGAAUGCUACUACUAUUGUAUCUAAUUACUUUAGAAUUGCAUUUUAUUAUACAUUAACUGCGGCCUCAAGAAAUUGGAAAUCUUGUUAAUUUGGUGGAGUUAUGGAUGAAUAAAAACCAGAUUACCGGCUCUGUCCCAAUCUCCAUAUUCAAUAUCUCGUCACUGCAAAUUUUGUCACUGUCGAGGAACUAUCUUAGUGGAUAUUCUCCACGUGAAAUCGGCAACUUAACCAAGAUGCAAUUUUUACAUCUUGACGAUAAUAGGUUUACUGGUAUGUAUUAGAAGUUGCAGUAAACAAUACAACUUAUAAUAGUUUUAGUGGUUCACUAGAUAUGGAGAUCUUCAACAUAUCAGGUCUGAGAAUAAUUCAACUUUCAUUCAACAAUCUAUCUGGAUCGCUCCCAUCUAACAUAUGUUCUAUCUUACCCAACAUUGAAAGAUUUUAUCGGCACAACUUAACCAAUCUUUUUGGGACUAUUCCUCAUUCAAUCUCCAAUUUUUCAAAACUUACUAUUCUAGAGCUUUCAUUCAAUGAGCUCACAGGCUUGAUUCCCAAUUCUCUUGGAUAUUUGACUCAUCAACAAAUCCUAGACUUGGGGGCAAACGAUUUAAUGAGUGACUCAUCGCUAAGCUUCUUGACUUCCUUAACCAAUUGUAGAAAUUUAGAAUUUCUUACUCUAUAUCUUAACCCUCUAAAUGGCAUGCUUCCAGCCUCCAUGGGGAACCUUUCUACCUCUCUUAGAAAAUUUUACGCCAACAAUUGCAAGAUUAAAGGGCGAAUUCCAAAUGAAGUUGGGUACUUAAGCAGCUUAUUAGACCUUGAACUUUCUGGAAACAACUUGGCUGGAUCGAUUCCCACAUCAAUUAGCAACUUGAGAAACCUGCAGGGCUUGUUCUUGAGUAUUAACAGACUUUCAGGAUCUAUCGGUGAUAAUCUAUGUAACUUACAGUGCUUAGAUGUCAUCGACUCGACUCAAAAUCAACUUUCGGGUUCUCUUCCUUAUUGUUUAGGAAAGGUUGCUUCCCUUAGAGAGAUACGUAUGGGUUCAAAUAGAUUGAGUUCCAAUACACUACAAAGCUUAGGGAACCUUAAAGAUUUAGUGGUUCUUGACCUAUCGUCAAACAAUAUGGUUGGUUCUUUACCCCCAGAAAUAGGAAAUUUAAAGGCUGUGACCCUGAUAGAUCUGUCAAUGAAUCAGUUCUCAGAUAGAAUUCCUAGAGAAAUUGGAGGAUUGCUAACUCUGGUGCAGCUUUCUUUGAGACACAACAAUUUGCAAGGAGCUAUACCUGACUCAAUGAGCAACAUGGUAGGUUUGGAAUUCCUAGACCUUUCUCAUAACAAUAUAUCUGGAAUCAUUUCUAAGUCUUUGGAGAAACUUCAAAGCUUGAAGUAUUUCAACAUUACUGACAACAAAUUGUAUGGCGAAAUACCCACGGGGUCCUUUCAAGAACCUCUCGAGUGAGUUUUUCGUCGACAAUGAAGCAUUGUGUGGUUCUUCAAGAUUUAAUGUCCCGCCCUGCCCCAAUUCAUCAGAACACAGAUCAAAUAGGAAAAAGUUGCUACUUUCCUUUCUUUUGCUGGGAAUCACACUGUUAUUUGGUCCUACAUUUAUGUUUGUAUGGAUAAGGUAUCGAGGAGGUAAAAGAGCCCCCCAAUCAGCAGAGUCAACGUCUACCUUAACACGAGAAAGAAUUUCAUACUAUGAAGUGCUCCAAGCAACUGAUGCGCUUAGCGAGAGUAAUCUGAUUGGUUCUGCAAGUUUUGGCUCUGUCUACAAAGGCGUUCUCAAAAGUGGAACUGACAUUGCAGUUAAAGUGUUCAAUCUGCAGCUGGAUGCGGCAUUCAAGAGUUUUGAUACGGAAUGUGAAGUUUUGCGCAUCCUUCGCCCUAGGAAUCUCGUAAAAGUCAUUACUAGUUGUUCCAACCUUGAUUUUAAGGCCUUAGUGCUCGAGUAUAUGCCAAAUGGAAGUUUUGAGAAGUAUUUGUAUUCGCACAACUACAUCCUAGACAACAUGCAAAGGCUAAGCAUAACAAUAGAUGUGGCAUGUGCAUUGGAAUAUCUGCACCAUGGGUGCUCAUCGCCUGUGAUUCACUCUGAUCUGAAGCCGAGUAAUGUCUUGCUGGAUGAGGAUAUGGUUGCCCACCUAAGCGACUUUGGUAUUUCGAAACUGCUUGGUGGUGAUGAAAGUGAAUUAUACACUAAAACCUUAGCAUCAUUGGGUUAUAUUGCGCCAGAGUAUGGACAAGAUGGAUUGGUGUCUACUAAAUGUGACGUGUAUAGUUAUGGAAUCAUGUUGCUGGAAACCUUUACUAGGAGAAAGCCUAGUGAGUUUGAGGAAGUUCUUAGCUUGAAACAAUGGGUGAGUUAUUCACUUCCUGAUGCAGUAAUAGAUGUUGCAGAUGCCAACUUGGUUCCACCAACCGAUAAUCACGUCAUGAAGAAGUUGGAUUGUGUGGCAUCAAUCAUGAAAGUAGCUUUAGAUUGCUGUGAUGCAUCUCCUGCAAGACGGACAACCAGAAUUCAUCUUCUCGCAUGUUAACAUGCUCCUGGAAGCUAUUGUUCCAAAUAACUUGUUUUAUUGCAAAUGUUUGCUAAAUAAUUUUAUUGAUGAGGCGAUUUUUUUCUUUUUUGGCUAUUAAAGGAAUUUUAUGAAUUACCAAGGAAUAGUGCCCCUGGACUUCCCUUCUCAGAAUAGAACUAACAGAAUCGCCUUACAUUCAACGAACAAAUGCUCUUUUGACUCUGGCUCGCUUUUACGGAACACAGACAUAGGAUCUGCAUUCAUAUGUCAGCUGAUAAAAACAUCUUUAGUCCAUUAUCGAUCUCCCAUGAAAGUAAAGCCAUAAGAUAAAAACACACUUAGGCUCCAUGCCGCAUUUGCUACAUCUCUUAUCACUUUUUAUGCUCUAGCAAAGAAUUAGUUCUUAUGAACUAGCUUGCUGAUG